AAAAAAAAAGCAUAUGCUUAAAGGAACACUACAAAUCAGAAGUAUAUAUAAAAGACUUUGUUUAUGUCAGAUUUUAUUUUCGCGCCAAUUUUCAUCAGAGGCGGAUAGGCAGAGGGAGCGAGAAGGCGUUCCUCAUUUUCUCUCUCUCUUCUAUCUUUUUUAGUGUGCAAAAUGCGAGCCAACGCAAUAUAUCUCCGCCGACUCCAUCGCCGUUCUCAGUUUGCAUGUUCAGACCUUAGCUGCGUGGAGCCGGUGGCUUCUCCGAUCACAUCAGUCAACGGCAAACAGAAGGAAAACCCGCGUCAGUCUGGGGACCCGCAGGAGCUAGUCCCAGAGCGUGAGUGGGAAGUGGCCCCAUCUACGAGGUCAGUCUUGAAAAGGGUUUUCAGCUUCUUUCAACUGAAGAACAGCAUUUCCCCUCCGCGAGAACAACCCAAACCCUCCUCGCCAGCACAGCCUCCGAAGCAACCACCUAAUCCGAGAAACCGCAGGAAGCUCUUCUGUCCGGGGGAAUCGGCGAGCGACAAAGAAAAUAUUCCUCCCUUGCCCAAGGCACCGACGGCCGUGUCUCUGCUUCGAAGCUUUCGCCAGCAAGACCUGGAGGAAAGCAAGCAAGAACAGGGUCUUCGUCCGCCCCGGGGGGUGAGACCGCUAUCGGAGCUCAAGCAGUUCGCUCAUCCCGAGACUCGAGAACGAUCAAGACAGUUCUCGAAACUAUCAAUUAAAAGAGCUGACCACCGCCGACACCACGAGAGCGGAAGCACGAGUGAGAAUCGCAGGCCCAGGAAAAUUCUCCGACGCAGCCGGCGGGACAAUUCUACGGGAGAUGUAUACGUCACACACAAGCACUUCAACAAAUUCAGUGAACUCAUUGAAGACCCACUGAUCCAGAGGUUCUUGAAUGCUGAUGUAUGCCGCAGAUAUGCAGACAAAUACCUGAUAGCUAUGGUCUUUACCUACUUCCUGCGAUCAAGACUUCAGUUUCAUGAAUACACCAAGGAAAAUUUCUUUGCAGGACUAUAUCUUGCUCAUGAUAUGGAAGAAGAUGAGGAAGAGCUGAAGUAUGAGGUGUUUCCAUGGAUACUUGGUCGCAGAUGGCGCAAGACGUAUCCAACUCUCUUACAAAAGCGUGAUGAUAUUUACUGGGCCAUUGACUGCCGAGCUGUUGUGUCAAAAAAAUGCUGUGAUCAGGUUAUGGAUAUGGAACCAGAUCACUGGGUGUGGAAACGAGAACGCCCCGAAUAUCAUGGGGGAGCUCUCAGAGAUUAUCUUCGGCAUGAAGAGGAUAAUGGACAUCCUCGUGGGCCAGAUAAGUCCCCUCUUCAGUGUCAGGAAUGUCUUGAACGCCAGUGUCUGGAGUCUGAGAAUUCUUACCUCCUCUACAUGUCAGACUCUGACUUCAGCACUGAUGCUAAGACCUCUGGUGAAGGCGAUUCUCUUGCACAAAAUGAAAAGGAUUCCGGAUUUGAAACUUUUUUAUGUGAAGCAAUGGAUGUAGAAAGCAAAACAACCAAAAACAAUAUCCUUAUGGAAAGUAAUGCUGCCACUGAAGAACAGCAUGCAAAUUUGUUGAUCACUAGUCCUGGUAAACUGAAAGAGACCAAUAGCAAUUUUAUUUGCACAAAUGGAGACUGUGAGAAGGCCUGUCUUUCAGAUGACACCUCUGCAUAUGACUUCUCAAUUGAUUCUGGGGAAGAAAUGGAAUGUCAGGGGAAUGACAGCACUGGCGCUAUUAAUGAUGAAAAAAUUCCUUUGUCACAGGCUGACACUGUUAGUUUUCACUCAGGAGUCCAAUCUAAACUUUCUCAGGAAUUUUGAUAUGAACUGCUCUAUAGAUUAAUAUAUUCUUAUAAACUAUCACUUUUCAUUUUGCUAAAAGCUAAUAUUCAAUUUUCUUAAUGGUAUUUUGUUUCUUAACUUCAGAAUUUACAGGUAUCUUCAUUACCCUGUACAGAUGCUGACAAAAUGUUGUAUGGCUGAAUCUCUGUUUUGUUUUAUUAUUUAGUUUUGUAUAUCUAUGGACUAUAGAUUAUAUUGUAAAUGGACAAAGUACACUGAAAAACUUUUUAUGUAUUCUCCUAUUCCAUUUAGCUUUAUUUAGUUACACAGUCCAGUGCUGAUGGGGGACUGUUGGUUUUAUUUUUCAGAAAAUAUGACAAAUCAUAUUAUUAAAAUUUACAUGAAAUUACAGUAUAUAAAAUCUUGGAACACAGCAUUAUAGAAAUGAUGGAUUUCGUUUAAAUUUCUUUGGCUCCUUGUAUCUUCAUGAAAGGAAUGACUUCUUAUUUUCUAUUUCCCUACAACUGCAUAAUUUCUUUCAUUUAUGUAGACAUAAUGAAUCCAGAUUCAGUAUUUGAUUUGAUACAAUUAGAAUUGUAAUAAAAAACAAUAAUGUGUUUUUCUCCAUAUCCUUGCAAUAAGGAGCUAUUUUGACUAGAUGUGGUUUCAGUGUAGUCAGAAACUUUAUUAUUAUUUGCAUAGUAUUUUAAUGAUGUAUACAGUAUGUCAACUUCCAUCCUCUAGCAUACAACAUUCUAACUAAUCAACUGUUUCCAGUUAAAGUUUUAUCACUCUUAGACUUGAAAAUCAUGUCUAUAUUCCUAGCAAAAUAAGGUAACUCUAGUCAGAAAUAUAUUUUGUUACAGUAUGCCUGAAGCUUUUUUUUUUUUUUUUUUUUCAAAGGCUGUUUUGCAUUUCUGAACCACUGAAAAAAAAAAAAAGCAAAUAUCUAAGUAACAAUCCCUUAUAGUGACUACACAAUGGAAUGUUUUCCCUUUAUCUUAUCUUUAUGUUUUAACACUUAGUGUUAUAAUAAGUGGGUGGUACCGGCCCCCUGGAGCAGAGGAAAGUUAGGGGGGGAAAGGAUGGCAUUAUGAGCAGUUAAUAAAUAACUUUGUUUUUUACGAAAUUUGAAUGACAAAAUAUGUAAUAAACAAUAAGGUAAACUUUACAUUAAUGCUUAUGGCAUAUUUUGUCAUAAACAUUAAUGUAAUAAUAAAGAGGUUAACUAAAUUAAGUUUCAUUUAUGAAAUAUAUAUUUGUGUUUAAUCUUGUUGUUUUCAAUUUGAAGCACACAAAAAAUAAAUAAACAUAAAAAUAAUAAUAAUAAUUCACCUGGGAACCAAGGGGGCACCAGCCAGGAAAAGUAGGAACCACUGGUGUAAUGAAACUUCUUACAAAUUCAGUCUUUAAUAUACCAGUCUAGAGGUGAAGUACUAGACAGAAAAAUAAACAAAUAGGGAAGUUUGCAAAUAAACAAACUAAAUGGUAAAAACAAUAAUUCACUAUGAAUGAAUUAAUAGAGGGGAGCAGGAGAGAAGGGAAAAAGGAAAAUGAUAAGCAGGAAGUAAAAGUGGAAAAUGCCAAAAAAUUACUAAAUAAGAACAUACAUACAUACAUAUGUUCAUACAUACAUACAUACAUACAUAUAUAUAUAUAUAUAUAUAUAUAUAUAUAUAUAUAUAUAUAUAUUAUGCAUGUAUGUGUGAAU